CGGGAGCACUUGGGGACGGGGUGUGUGGUCCGGGGACGGGAGCAGCUUGGGGACGGGUGGUGUCCAGGACGGGAGCAGCUUGGGGACAGGUGUGUGUCAGGAGGGGAGCAGCUUGGGGACAGGGUGUGUUUUCCGGGGAGGGGACCCGCUUGGGGACAGGGUGUGUUUCCAGGACGGGAGCAGCUUGGGAAAGGUGUGUGUCCGGGACGGGAGCAGCUUGGGGACGGGGUGGGUUCCAGGAGGGGAAAGCAGCUUGGGGACAGGGUGUGUGUCCAGGACGGGAGCAGCUUGGGGACAGGGUGUGUGUCCAGGACGGGAGCAGCUUGGGGACAGGGUGUGUGUCCAGGACGGGAGCAGCUUGGGGACAGGGUGUGUGUCCAGGACGGGAGCAGCUUGGGGACAGGGUGUGUGUCCAGGACGGAGCCAGCUGGGGACAGGGUGUGUGUCCAGGACGGGAGCAGCUUGGGGACAGGGUGUGUGUCCAGGACGGGAGCAGCUUGGGGAUAGGGUGUGUGUCCAGGACGGGAGCAGGGUUCAGGAGUCAGAAGUCCGAAAUCAGGGGUCAUGGAGCUGACCCCAAAGACUGCUGCUAUACUUGGUGUGGAGUGGUGGGCUGGGUCUAGCAGAACCCGACUGCACUACUAACACAGCUCUCCAUUGACUAGAUAGAGCCGCUCUCCAUUGACUAGAUAGAGCAGCUCUCCAUUGACUAGAUAUAGCCGCUCUCCAUUGACUAGAUAGAGCAGCUCUCCAUUGACUAGAUAGAGCCGCUCUCCAUUGACUAGAUAGAGCCGCUCUCCAUUGACUAGAUAGAGCCGCUCUCCAUUGACUAGAUAGAGCAGCUCUCCAUUGACUAGAUAGAGCAGCUCUCCAUUGACUAGAUAGAGCAGCUCUCCAUUGACUAGAUAGAGCAGCUCUCCAUUGACUAGAUAGAGCAGCUCUCCAUUGACUAGAUAGAGCCGCUCUCCAUUGACUAGAUAGAGCCGCUCUCCAUUGACUAGAUAGAGCCGCUCUCCAUUGACUAGAUAGAGCAGCUCUCCAUUGACUAGAUAGAGCCGCUCUCCAUUGACUAGAUAGAGCAGCUCUCCAUUGACUAGAUAGAGCAGCUCUCCAUUGACUAGAUAGAGCAGCUCUCCAUUGACUAGAUAGAGCAGCUCUCCAUUGACUAGAUAGAGCAGCUCUCCAUUGACUAGAUAGAGCAGCUCUCCAUUGACUAGAUAGAGCAGCUCUCCAUUGACUAGAUAGAGCAGCUCUCCAUUGACUAGAUAGAGCAGCUCUCCAUUGACUAGAUAGAGCCGCUCUCCAUUGACUAGAUAGAGCCGCUCUCCAUUGACUAGAUAGAGCCGCUCUCCAUUGACUAGAUAGAGCAGCUCUCCAUAGACUAGGUAGAGCAGCUCUCCAUUGACUAGAUAGAGCCGCUCUCCAUUGACUAGAUAGAGCAGCUCUCCAUUGACUAGAUAGAGCCGCUCUCCAUUGACUAGAUAGAGCCGCUCUCCAUUGACUAGAUAGAGCCGCUCUCCAUUGACUAGAUAGAGCAGCUCUCUAUUGACUAGAUAGAGCUGCUCUCCAUUGACUAGAUAUAGCAGCUCUCCAUUGACUAGAUAGAGCCGCUCUCCAUUAACUUGAUAGAGCCGCUCUUCAUUGACUUGCUAAAGCAGCUCUCCAUUGACUAGAUAGAGCCGCUCUCCAUUGACUAGAUAGAGCCGCUCUCCAUUGACUUGAUAGAGCAGCUCUCCAUUGACUUGAUAGAGCAGCUCUCCAUUGACUAGAUAGAGCCGCUCUCCAUUGACUAGAUAGAGCAGCUCUCCAUUGACUAGAUAGAGCAGCUCUCCAUUGACUAGAUAGAGCAGCUCUCCAUUGACUAGAUAGAGCCACUCUCCAUUGACUAGAUAGAGCCGCUCUCCAUUGACUUGAUAGAGCAGCUCUCCAUUGACUUGAUAGAGCAGCUCUCCAUUGACUAGAUAGAGCCGCUCUCCAUUGACUAGAUAGAGCCGCUCUCCAUUGACUAGAUAGAGCAGCUCUCCAUUGACUAGAUAGAGCAGCUCUCCAUUGACUAGAUAGAGCAGCUCUCCAUUGACUAGAUAGAGCAGCUCUCCAUUGACUAGAUAGUGACUAGAAAAGAGCAGCUCUCCAUUGAUUUGAUAAAGCAGCUCUCCAUGACUAGUAGAGCAGCUCUCCAUUGACUAGAUGAGCAGCUCUCCAUUGACUUGAUAGAGCAGCUCUCCAUUGAUAGAUAGAGCCGCUCUCCAUUGACUAGAUAGAGCCGCUCUCCAUUGACUAGAUAGAGCCGCUCUCCCAUUGACUAGAUAAGACCCGCUCUCCAUUGACUAGAUAGAGCCGCUCUCCUUGAUUUAGAUAGGCAGCUCUCCAUUGAGUAGAUAGACCGCUCUCCAUGACUAGAUAGAGCCGCUCUCCAUUGACUAGAUAGAGCCGCUCUCCAUUGACUAGAUAGAGCCCCCUCUCCAUUGACUAAUAGAGCAGCUCUCCAUUGACUAGAUAGAGCAGCUCUCCAUUGACUAGAUAAGCCCGCUCUCCAUUGACUAGAUAGAGCAGCUCUCCCUUUGACUAGAUAGAGCCGCUCUCCAUUGACUGAUAGAGCAGCUCUCCAUUGACUAGAUAGAGGAGCUCUCCAUUGACUAGAUAGAGCAGCUCUCCAUUGACUAGAUAGAGCAGCUCUCCAUUGACUAGAUAGAGCCGCUCUCCAUUGACUAGAUAGAGCAGCUCUCCAUUGACUAGAUAGAGAAGCUCUCCAUUGACUAGAUAGAGCCGCUCUCCAUUGACUAGAUAGAGCAGCUCUCCAUUGACUAGAUAGAGCAGCUCUCCAUUGACUAGAUAGAGCAGCUCUCCAUUGACUAGAUAGAGCAGCUCUCCAUUGACUAGAUAGAGCAGCUCUCCAUUGACUAGAUAGAGCAGCUCUCCAUUGACUAGAUAGAGCAGCUCUCCAUUGACUAGAUAGAGCAGCUCUCCAUUGACUAGAUAGAGCAGCUCUCCAUUGACUAGAUAGAGCCGCUCUCCAUUGACUAGAUAGAGCCGCUCUCCAUUGACUAGAUAGAGCCGCUCUCCAUUGACUAGAUAGAGCAGCUCUCCAUUGACUAGAUAGAGCAGCUCUCCAUUGACUAGAUAGAGCAGCUCUCCAUUGACUAGAUAGAGCAGCUCUCCAUUGACUAGAUAGAGCAGCUCUCCAUCGAUUUGAUAAAGCAGCUCUCCAUUGACUAGAUAGAGCCGCUCUCCAGCGGACAGACACAUAGUUAGCACUAACAGCUUCCUACAUGCACAAGCUGCACUUUGGAGAGAAAAUCAAUUAUAUGUUUUACGGUUGCAAAAUUCCCCCCAAAUUCCCAGGUUUUCCAACAAUUCUGGUUGGAAGAUUCCCGGAAUGAGAAGGGAAUAAGCUGGAAAGCCUGGGGGGUAUUUUGGAAAAGUUACUGGAAUUUUGCAACCCUAGUAGUUGUAGAUUGUGUGUUUAAUGAUUGCUUUUCUCUUUUUUUCCAUUCCAGCAUGUUGCUGUUUUUUGUUUCUUCUCUUAGCCUUGUUCAGUUCAUUCACAUUUCCCCAAUUCCCCAAUUCCCCACCCAUUUUCUCAUUUUUGUAACCACCCAUAAUUAAAGCAUAUAGCAGCCAUGUAGUUUGCUUUCAUUUUUGUGAAACAAUGUAUUUCCCUUUUGGGCACCUACCUACAUCAGACAGAAAUGGGGAUAUGGGGGUGCCUUGUCUAGUACCUUCCUACAAUUAACAUGGGCAUAGAGAGCAGCCUUGUCUAGUACCUAAAUCAGAAACGGGGAUAUCAGUGUACCUUGUCUAGUACCUAAAUCAGAAACGGGGAUAUCAGUGUACCUUGUCUAGUACCUAAAUCAGAAACGGGGAUAUCGGUGUACCUUGUCUAGUACCUAAAUCAGAAACGGGGAUAUCAGUGUACCUUGUCUAGUACCUACAUCAGAAACGGGGAUAUCGGUGUACCUUGUCUAGUACCUACAUCAGACAUAGAGACAUAGAGGGGUGGGCGGACAUGGUAUUGGCUGACCCCACUCUCUCCUCCUAUAGGCUAGAGAUGGUACAGUCUGACCCCACUCUCUCCUCCUAUAGGCUAGAGAUGGUAUGGUCAGACCCCACUCUCUCCUCCUAUAGGCUAGAGAUGGUACAGUCUGACCCCACUCUCUCCUCCUAUAGGCUAGAGAUGGUAUGGUCUGACCCCACUCUCUCCUCCUAUAGGCUGGAGGUUCUGACGUGGAGCGUACCAAGAAGAAGCGAAGGGGGGACCGCUAUUCGGUGCAGACAUCGCUGAUCGUAGCGGCGCUGAAGAAGAUGCUUCCUAUUGGCCUUAACAUGUGUUCCCCUGCUGACCAAGAACUGAUUAACCUGGCCAAGAUACGCUACAGUCUGGUAGUGGAAGACUCACACACAUACACGCUCACACACACACACACAUGCAUGUACGCACACACACACACAGAGACAAACACACACACACACUCAGAGAUGAAAUAUUUUUUGCUUUUAACUUUGAUACCUAAUGACUGUCCACUGCUCUCCCUCCUCUAACAGAAAGACACAGAUGAGGAGGUGAGAGAGUUUCUACAGAACAACAUGCAUCUGCAGGGCAAGGUGAGUAGCACACCUCCACCUAGAUUUGGUUUUGUGCCAAACAAUACGUUGCCUAUAUAUGUGUGUGUAUAUAUAUAUGUGUAUAUAUGUAUGUAUAUAUAUGUAUAUAUGUAUAUAUAUGUGUGUAUAUAUGUAUAUAUAUGUGUGUAUAUAUGUGUAUAUAUAUAUGUAUAUAUAUAUGUGUGUAUUAUAUAUGUGUUGUGUGUGUGUGGUGUAUAAUAUAUAUAUAUUAUAUAUAUAUAUAUAUAUAUAUAUAUAUAUGUGUUUAUAUAUAUAUAUAUAUAUAUGUAUGUAUGUAUAUGUGUGUGUGUAUAUAUAUGUAUAUAUACAUAUAUGUAUAUAUAUACAGUGAGGGAAAAAAGUAUUUCAUCUCAUGCUGAUUUUGUAUGUUUGCCCACUGACAAAGAAAUUAUCAGUCUAUAAUUUUAAUGGUAGGUUUAUUUCAACAGUGAGAGACAUAAUAACAACAAAAAAAUCCAGAAAAAUGCAUGUCAAAAAUGUUAUAAAUUGAUUUGCAUUUUAAUGAGGGAAAUAAGUAUUUGAACCCCUCUCAAUCAGAAAGAUUUCUGGCUCCCAGGUGUCUUUUAUACAGGUAACGAGCUGAGAUUAGGAGCACACUCUUAAAGGGAGUGCUCCUAAUCUCAGCUUGUUACCUGUAUAAAAGACACCUGUCCACAGAAGCAAUCAAUCAAUCAGAUUCCAAACUCUCCACCAUGGCCGAGACCAAAGAGCUCUCCAAGGAUGUCAGAGACAAGAUUGUAGACCUACACAAGGCUGGAAUGGGCUACAAAAUGGUCCCCCUGCUCAAGAAAGCACAUAUACAGGCCCGUCUGAAGUUUGCCAAUAAACAUCUGAAUGAUUCAGAGAAGAACUGGGUGAAAGUGUUGUGGUCAGAUGAGACCAAAAUCGAGCUCUUUGGCAUCAACUCAACUCGCCGUGUUUGGAGGAGGACGAAUGCUGCCUAUGACCCCAAGAACACCAUCCCCACCAUCCCCACCAUCAAACAUGGAGGUGGAAACAUUAUACACUGCUCAAAAAAAUUAAGGGAACACUAAAAUAACACAUCCUAGAUCUGAAUGAAUGAAAUCAUCUUAUUAAAUACUUUUUUCUUCACAUAGUUGAAUGUGCUGACAACAAAAUCACACAAAAAUUAUCAAUGAAAAUCAAAUUUAUCAACCCAUGGAGGUUUGGAUUUGGAGUCACCCUCAAAACUAAAGUGGAAAACCACACUACAGGCUGAUCCAACUUUGAUGUAAUGUCCUUAAAACAAGUCAAAAUGAGGCUCAGUAGUGUGUGUGGCCUCCACGUGCCUGUAUGACCUCCCUACAACGCCUGGGCAUGCUCCUGAUGAGGUGGCGGAUGGUCUCCUGAGGGAUCUCCCCCCAGACCUGGACUAAAGCAUCCGCCAACUCCUGGACAGUCUGUGGUGCAACGUGGCGUUGGUGGAUGGAGCGAGACAUGAUGUCCCAGAUGUGCUCAAUUGGAUUCAGGUCUGGGGAAUGGGCGGGCCAGUCCAUAGCAUCAAUGCCUUCCUCUUGCAGGAACUGCUGACACACUCCAGCCACAUGAGGUCUAGCAUUGUCUUGCAUUAGGAGGAACCCAGGGCCAACCGCACCAGCAUAUGGUCUCACAAGGGGUCUGAGGAUCUCAUCUCGGUACCUAAUGGCAGUCAGGCUACCUCUGGCGAGCACAUGGAGGGCUGUGCGGCCCCCCCAAAGAAAUACCACCCCACACCAUGACUGACCCACUGCCAAACCGGUCAUGCUGGAGGAUGUUGCAGGCAGCAGAACGUUCUCCACGGCGUCUCCAGACUCUGUCACGUCUGUCACAUGUGCUCAGUGUGAACCUGCUUUCAUCUGUGAAGAGCACAGGGCGCCAGUGGCGAAUUUGCCAAUCUUGGUGUUCUCUGGCAAAUGCCAAACGUCCUGCACGGUGUUGGGCUGUAAGCACAACCCCCACCUGUGGACGUCGGGCCCUCAUACCACCCUCAUGGAGUCUGUUUCUAACCGUUUGAGCAGACACAUGCACAUUUGUGGCCUGCUGGAGGUCAUUUUGCAGGGCUCUGGCAGUGCUCCUCCUGCUCCUCCUUGCACAAAGGCGGAGGUAGCAGUCCUGCUGCUGGGCUGUUGCCCUCCUACGGCCUCCUCCACGUCUCCUGAUGUACUGGCCUAUCUCCUGGUAGCGCCUCCAUGCUCUGGACACUACGCUGACAGACACAGCAAACCUUCUUGCCACAGCUCGCAUUGAUGUGCCAUCCUGGAUGAGCUGCACUACCUGAGCCACUUGUGUGGGUUGUAGACCCUGUCUCAUGCUACCACUAGAGUGAAAGCACCGCCAGCAUUCAAAAGUGACCAAAACAUCAGCCAGGAAGCAUAGGAACUGAGAAGUGGUCUGUGGUCACCAACUGCAAAACCAGUCCUUUAUUGGGGGUGUCUUGCUAAUUGCCUAUAAUUUCCACCUGUUGUCUAUUCCAUUUGCACAACAGCAUGUGAAAUGUAUUGUCAAUCAGUGUUGCUUCCUAAGUGGACACUGUAUGUGUAUAUAUGUAUAUAUAUAUAUAUAUAUAUAUAUGUAUAUGAGAUGAGUAUAUCAGUGUUGUUGGUCUAUACUGUGUGUGUAUGUGUGCGUGCUGUACAUGUGGUGUGUGUGUUGACUCUAUGGCCCGCUGUGUGUAGGUGGAGGACCCGUCAAUGCGCUGGCAGAUGGCGCUGUAUAAGGAGACGUCAGGGAAGGCUGAGGAUGCUGAGGACCCUGAGAAGGUGGUCAAGAGAGUCCAGGAGGUCUCCUCUGUCCUCUACCACAUAGAGGUGGUGAGUACUGUAUUCACACACACACACACACACACACACACACACACACACACACAGACACACACACACACACACACACACACACACACACACACACACACACAGACAGACAGACAGACAGACAGACAGACAGACAGACACACAGACACACACACAGACACAUGUCUCAGCUGUCCUCAUAGAGGUGGUGAGUGCUGUAUUCACACACACAGACACACACACAGACACACACACAGACACACACACACACAGACAGACACACAGACACACAGACACACAGACACACAGACACACACACAGACACAUGUCUCAGCUGUCCUCAUAGAGGUGGUGAGUGCUGUAUUCACACACAGACACACAGACACACAGACACAGACACAGACUCACAGACACACAGACACACAGACACACACACAGACACAUGUCUCAGCUGUCCUCAUAGAGGUGGUGAGUACUGUAUUCACACACACGCUCACAGGUCUCUCUGGCCGCCGCUGCAUUUUUCCCCCCACUUAUUUCCGCACCAUACUUUGAGGGGAUUUUUUUUUUUUUUUGGUGUGAAAUAAAUAAUAUCAAAAAUACAGAACUGAAAUAUCAUAAUUAGAUAAGUCUCCACCCUUCUGAGUUAAUAAAAAAUACUGGGUGGAAGCACCUUUGUCAGCCAUUACAGCUGUGAGUCUUUUUAAUUCCAGGCUAUAAGGCAACAAAAUAUUUACAUUUUGGAAGUAGGUGUAGACUUUCUUACACACACACACACACACACCCCAACACACACACACACCACACACACACACCACACACCACACACACACACACACACAACACACACACCACAACACCAAACACACACCCCUAAAAACACAACACAUCACACACCUAACCCACACCACACUAACACCACACCCCACCCCACACACAACACCCACACACCCAACACCCCCACACCCACACCACACCCCACACACCCCCACACCACACUAACACAACCACACACUAAUAACCCACAACACCCACACCUCAAACCCAAACACACCACACACAAACACACAAACACACACACACCCCAACCCCCAAAACCAUACACACUCCACCUCACACACACUCACACCACAUACACAACUACCCACACACAAAACACCCCACAGCUCAAAACUCACCACCCACUCACUCACAACACACCCACACACACACCCACCACACACCGACCCCCCAACAACCCACCCCCCCCCCGCCCACAACCACCACCCCCCCACACACCCCCACCAUACACACACCACACACACAACACAACACACACUCACACACACCACACACUCACACAGACACAAACACACAUACACACACACACACAUAACACACUCACACUCCCAACCCUCACACAACCAAAGCACCAUCUCUUCAAUAGAAUGACCCAUGUCAUCUGUCCAGGGAAACUAUUGACCCUAGUGAUAAUCUCUCUCUCUCUCCCCAGACGGAGCACCCGUACAAGUCUAAGAAGAUGGUUUGGCACAAGCUGCUUUCUAAACAACGGCGCAAAGCUGUUGUGGCCUGCUUCAGGAUGUCACCCCUCUACAACAUCCCCAGGUAAUCACACCCCUUACUCCCAACUACUGCAUAUCUAGUCUCCUGAGUGGCGCAGUGGUCUAAGGCACUGCAUCGCAGUGCUAGCUGUGCCACUAGAGAUCCUGGUUCGCAUCCAGGCUCUGUCGCAGCCAGCCGCGACCGGGAGACUCAUGGGCGGCGCACAAUUGGCCCAGCGUCGUCCAGGGUAGGGGAGGGAAUGGCCGGCAGGGAUGUAGCUCAGUUGAUAGAGCAUGGCGUUUGCAACGCCAGGGUUGUGGGUUCCAAAUCCCAAGGGGGGCCAGUAUAAAAAAAAUAAUAUGUAUUCACUAACUGUAAGUCGCUCUGGAUAAGAGCGUCUGCUAAAUGACUAAAAUGUAAAUGUUGAAGAAGGAACUCUUCUCUUUUAAAAGGCCGUGGCUAGUGUGCCUUUAUUGGGAUUUUUGGUCUCAUCUCACAGUUAUUUCUCUGUAUUUUGUAUUUUUCUGGGAUAGAUCCGCAUUAACAUUUGCAGAUAGGACUAUUAGAUAACAUUUUGUGGAUAAUUUCUAAUCACUUAAAAAAAAUAAGUGUAUAACCAACCCUGAUUGGAGGACUUGGAGGAGAAAAAAAUAUAAUAAAAAUAUGGAUACUUCUUUUUCUACUGAGUACUUACAGCUUUAUCAUAUGAAUGUAAGGUACAGAUUAUAUAUAUAUACAGUGCAAUCGGAAAGUAUUCAGACCUCUUGACUUUUCCCACAUUUUGUUACGUUACAGCCUUAUUCUAAAAUGGAUUAAAUUGUUGUUUUUCCUCAUCAAUCUACACACAAUACCCCAUAAUGACAAAGCAAAUAAAAAUGUUUUUUGAAUUUGUAGCAAAUGUAAAAACGGAAAUAUCACAUUGACAUAAGUAUUCAGACCCUUUACUCAGUAUUUUGUUGAAGCACCUUUGGCAGCGAUUACAGCCUCUAGUCUUCUUGGGUAUGACGCUACAAGCUUGGCACACCUGUAUCUGGGGAGUUUCUCCCAUUCUUCUAUUCUGAUCCUCUCAAGCUCUGUCAGGUUGGAUGGGGAGCGUCUCUGCACAGAUAUUUUCAGGUCUCUCCAGAGAUCGGGUUCAAGUCCGGGCUCUGGCUGGGCCACUCAACAACAUUCAGAGACUUGUGCCGAAGCCACUCCGGCAUUGUCUUGGCUGUUUGCUUAGGGUCUUUGUCCUGUUGGAAGGUGAACCUUCGCCCCAGUCUGAGGUCCUGAGCACUCUGGAGCAGGUUUUCAUCAAGGAUCUCUCUGUACUUUGCUCCGUUCAUCUUUCCCUCGAUCCUGACUAGUCUCCCAGUCCAUGCCGCUAAAAAACAUCCCCACAGUAUGAUGCUGCCACUAACAUGCUUCACCGUAGAGAUGGUGCCAGGUUUCCUCCAGAUGUGACGCUUGGCAUUCAGGCCAAAUAGUUCAAUCUUGAUUUCAUCAGACCAGAGAAUCUUGCUUCUCAUGAUCUAAGUCCUUUAGGUGUCUUUUGGCAAACUCCAAGCGGGCUGUCAUGUGCCUUUUAAUGAGUGGCUUCCGUCUGGCCACUCUACCAUAAAGGCCUGAUUGGUGGAGUGCUGCAGAGAUGGUUGUCCUUCUGGAAGAUUCUCCCAUCUCCACAGAGGAACUCUGGAGCUCAUUCAGAGUGACCAUCGGGUUCUUGGUCACCUCCCUGACCAAGGCCCUUCUCCCCCAUUGCUCAGUUUGGUCGGGCGGCCAGCUCUAGGAAGAGUCUUGGUGGUUCCAAACUUCUUCCAUUUAAGAAUGAAGGAGGCCUCUGUGUUCUUGGGGACCUUCAAUGCUGCAGAAAUGUUUUGGUACCCUUCCCCAGAUCUGUGCCUUGACACAAUCCUGUCUCGGUUGAUCUACGGACAAUUCCUUCGACCUCAUGGCUUGGUUUUUGCUCUGACAUGCACUGUCAACUGUGGGACCUUAUAUAGACAUAUGUGCCUUUCCAAAUCAUGUCCAAUCAAUUUAAUUUACCACAGGUGGAUUCCAAUCCAGUUGUAGAAACAUCUCAAGGAUGAUCAAUGGAAACAGGAUGCACCUGAGCUCAAUUUCGAGUCUUAUUGCAAAGGGUCUGAAUACUUAUGUAAAUAAGGUAUUUCAGUUUUUUAUUUUUUAAAACCUGUUUUCGCUUUGUCAUCAAGGAAUAUUGUGUAGAUUGAUGAGGAAAAAAAUAAUUUAAUCCAUUUUAGAAUAAGGCUAUAACGUAACAAAAUGUGGAAAAAGUCAAGGGGUCUGAAUACUUUCCGAAUGCACGGUAAAAUAAAAGGAUGUAUGCAUUUCAAUUAACAGGUGUGCCUUGUUAAAAGUUAAUUUGUGGAAUUUAUUUCGUUCUUAAUGCGUUUGAGCCAAUCAGUUGUGUUGUGACAAGGUAGGGUUGGUAUAUAAAAGAUAACCCUAUUUGGUAAAAGACCAAGUCCAUAUUAUGGCAAGAACAGCUCAAAUAAGCAAAGAGAAAUGACAGUCCAUCAUUACUUUAGGACAUGAAGGUUAGUCAAUACGGAACAUUUGAAGAACUUUGAAAGUUUCUUCAAGUGCAGUCGCAAAAACCAUCAAGCGCUAUGAUGAAACUGGCUCUCAUGAGGACCGCCACAGGAAAGGAAGACCCAGAGUUACCUCUGCUGCAGAGGAUAAGUUCAUUAAGAGUUACCAGCCUCAGAAAUUGCAGGCCAAAUAAAUGCUUCACAGAGUUCAAGUCACAGACACAUCUCAACAUCAACUGUUCAGAGGAGACUGUGUGAAUCAGGCCUCCAUGGUCGAAUUGCUGCAAAGAAACCACUUCUAAAGGACACCAAUAAGAAGAAGAGACCUGCUUGGGCCAAGAAACACGAGCAAUGGACAUUAGACCGGUGGAAAUUUGUCCUUUGGUCUGGAGUCCAAAUUUUGAGAUUUUUGGUUCCAACCGCUGUGUCUUUGUGAGACGUGGUGUGGGUGAACGGAUGAUCUCUGCAUGUGUAGUUCCCACCGUAAAGCAUGGAGGAGGAGGUGUUAUGGUGUGGGGGUGCUUUGCUGGUGACACUGUCUGUGAUUUAUUUAGAAUUCAAGGCACACUUAACCAGCAUGGCUACCACAGUAUUCUGCAGCGAUACGCCAUCCCAUCUGGUUUGGGCUUAGUGGGACUAUCAUUUGUUUUUUCAAUGACCCAACACACCUCCAGGCUGUGUAAGGGCUGGAGGGCCAUUCUACUGCCAAUGUUUGUCUAUGGAGAUCGCAUGGCUGUGCACUUGAUUUUUAUACACCUGAAACCGAAUCCACUCAUUUGAAGUCCACAUACUCUUAUUGUACUGAGGACACGAAGAGGCAGGACGCAGACGCAGGAAUCAACAACGUAAAGGUUUACUUAACACUGAGCAAGAGAACAACAAAGGGCGAGUACACGACAUGACACUAACGAUCACACACAACACAACACUGAACAGUCCAGGGCGGGAUAGGGGUGGUGAUGAGAUGAUGAGGUGCAGGUGCUUCUGGAGGUGAUUAGGGUGUGUUGGGUUUUCCAUUUCCGGGGGGUUGCCGAGGUGGUGCGCUCAGACCGGUGGCUCAGGGCGCCGGAGGGGAGCAACGGGGAGGAGACUUGACUCUUAUAUGUAGUGUAUCAUAAUGUUGGUCUGCGGCGUGACUUUCCUUUGAUGUCACUUCCUGUUCUCUCUAACAGGCACCGGGGCUCCAACAUGUUCCUGAAUGGGUACAAGAGGAACUGGCUGCAGACUGAAGGAUACCAGUUUGAAGACCGCAUGAUCGACGACUUGUCUGUAAGGGCUUUUCUCCUUAGAAUAGAUAGUGUAAUUGUAUACCACUAUAUUCUGUAUUAUUGUCAUCUUUGUGAGUCUUCAGCAACUUUCUGUAAGGAUUUUGGCUGAAUCCCAGUUCUCUUGUCUGUCCUUCUUCUUAAAAAAAAAAUCAGCGCUCUGUGUCGUGCUGUUGUGUUUGUGUUCUGUGUGUCUUGUGGUAUGGUGUGUAAAAGAGCCCAUGCCGAGGAGGCUAGGAGCUGUGCCUGAGAGGCCGAGAUGAGGAGGCGGAAACCAAACCUGACCCUCUGCAUCAGCUCAUCCUGCACUUCAGCCGGACCGCUCUCACAGAGAAGAGGUGAGGCGCAUCCUACCUCCCACCUCCGGACCAAACGAAAACUAAAGAAACCCAGACCCCACAUAAAAAACGCUCCAGCACUCCACUCCAGUUCCACUAACCACUCCUCCCUCCCCGUACCCUCCCCUCUACCCUCCUCCCUCCCCUCCCGCCCUACCCCUCUCCCCUACACUCCCCAUCCCCUCCCCCUUCCCCCUCCCCUCCCCUCCCCUCCCCUCUCCACUCACCUCAUCCCCUUCUUCAACCUGUCACUCAAAUGGAGACAGAGAGAGAAGGAGGAGUAUAUGUGGUGUUGACCUAAAAUAAUCAAAACAAUGAUUCUUAUCCAACGACUUCUGUGUAAAGCAGUCAAACCUUCACUUAUUCUGAGUGUUUCUCAGUUUGUUUGGUGGCUAAAUCUUGUCCUGUUUUUUCUCUCUUGUUGCAGCAAACUGGAAGUUGACUACUUAUACAUGGCUUAUGCUGAUAUUAUGGCCAAGGUAACGUGCUGGUUUCCUACUAGAUUUGAACAUGAUCUCAUGUGCUGUGUUGUAUUAGACGUGCUGGUAAUUCUUCACCUUCUCUCCUACUUCUAUUUCUCUCUUACUCACUGUUUCCUUCUUUCUCCCUCUCCCCCUUCUCCCUUCUCCCCUCUCUCUUUCUCUCUUUCUCUCUCUCUCUCUUUCUCUCCCCUCUCUCUCUUUCUCUCCCCUCUCUCUCUCUUUCUCUCCCCUUCUCUCUCUUUCUCUCCCCCUCUCUCUCUUUCUCUCCCCCUCUCUCUCCAGAGUUGCCACAUCGGUGAGGAGGAGGAGGGAGGAGAAGAGGAGGCCAUUGAAGUGACCCAGACUGAGAUGGUAUGGGGGGGGGGGGGAGACACAACGCUGUGCAGCAGAGCUGGUUACUCUCUCACACACCGCACACAACCCCCCGGUGUCACACACUCUUCUCUUCCAGUCUCUAUCUCUCUAUCCAUCCCUCUAUCCCUCACACUAUUACCAGACAUGUCUAUCUAAAGCCUGAUAUGGUAAUAUCUAAAUACUAAAUUGUACAUUCCUUAGUUUGACUCUGCUGUGUGGUGUGUCUCUGUUUUGGACUGUAAUACAUUGCAUGACUUGAGUGAGUGCACUGAAAGACAACAAAACAGGAACAUAGAAAAAAUAAAACAAUUAGUUCUGUAAGAUUUAUGAUCUUGGAAAUCACACAUUACAACUCUGAUUUUUGAUUCUAAUGAACAAAAUCAACCAGCCUUUCUUAUCAGAGAGCCUGCUGUCUGCAGCGUGUCGGAAUAGGGAGGAGGAUCAGAAAGGGAAGCUCCCAGAUAUACUGCUCGAUAUCUGGAAGAACGCAUAAUGUCAUUUUCCUCACACUACUAAAUACUAGCUAUAUAGUACUGUAUGAUACUAUAUACUACAUAGUACUGUAUGAUACUAUAUACUACAUAGUACUGUAUGAUACUAUAUACUAUAUAGUACUGUAUGUUACUACAUAGUACUGUAUGUUACUACAUACUACAUAGUACUGUAUGAUACUACAUACUACAUAGUACUGUAUGUUACUACAUAGUACUGUAUGAUACUAUAUACUACAUAGUACUGUAUGUUACUACAUACUACAUAGUACUGUAUGAUACUAUAUACUAUAUAGUACUGUAUGUUACUAUACUGUAUGUAACUCUAUAGGACAGAGAACAGGCAGGUGUGUUUACUGAUGUUUGCUGGCACAGUCAAACGUCAUGACGAGACCUGUAGAAUGAUAAUAACUACUAUCACUAGAUCUGUAGAAUGAUAAUAACUAAUAUCACUAGAGCUGUAGAAUGAUAAUAACUACUAUCACUAGAUCUGUAGAAUGAUAAUAACUACUAUCACUAGAUCUGUAGAAUGAUAAUAACUACUAUCACUAGACCUGUAGAAUGAUAAUAACUACUAUCACUAGAUCUGUAGAAUGAUAAUAACUACUAUCACUAGAGCUGUAGAAUGAUAAUAACUACUACCACUAGAGCUGUAGAAUGAUAAUAACUACUAUCACUAGAGGUGUAGAAUGAUAAUAAUUACUAUCACUAGACCUGUAUAAUGAUAAUAACUACUAUCACUAGAGCUGUAGAAUGAUAAUAACUACUAUCAGUAGAGCUGUAGAAUGAUAAUAACUACUAUCACUAGAGCUGUAGAAUGAUAAUAACUACUAUCACUAGAGCUGUAGAAUGAUAAUAACUACUAUCACUAGAGCUGUAGAAUGAUAAUAACUACUAUCACUAGAGCUGUAGAAUGAUAAUAACUACUAUCACUAGAGCUGUAGAAUGAUAAUAACUGCUAUCACUAGAGCUGUAGAAUGAUAACUACUAUCACUAGAGCUGUAGAAUGAUAAUAACUACUAUCACUAGAGCUGUAGAAUGAUAAUAACUACUAUCACUAGAGCUGUUAGAAUGAUAAUAACUACUAUCAGUAGAGCUGUAGAAUGAUAAUAACUACUAUCACUAGAGCUGUAGAAUGAUAAUAACUACUAUCACUAGAGCUGUUAGAAUGAUAAUAACUACUAUCACUAGAGCUGUAGAAUGAUAAUAACUACUAUCACUAGAGCUGUAGAAUGAUAAUAAACUACUAUCACUAGAGCUGGUAGAAUGAUAAUAACUACUAUCACUAGAGCUGUAGAAUGAUAAUAACUACUAUCACUAGAGCUGUAGAAUGAUAAUAACUACUAUCACUAGAUCUGUAGAAUGAUAACUACUAUCACUAGACCUGUAGAAUGAUAAUAACUACUAUCACUAGAGCUGUAGAAUGAUAAUAACUACUAUCACUAGAGCUGUAGAAUGAUAAUAACUACUAUCACUAGACCUGUAGAAUGAUAAUAACUACUAUCACUAGAGCUGUAGAAUGAUAAUAACUACUAUCACUAGAGCUGUAGAAUGAUAAUAACUACUAUCACUAGACCUGUAGAAUGAUAAUAACUACUAUCACUAGAGCUGUAGAAUGAUAAUAACUACUAUCACUAGAGCUGUAGAAUGAUAAUAACUACUAUCACUAGAGCUGUAGAAUGAUAAUAACUACUAUCACUAGAGCUGUAGAAUGAUAACUACUAUCACUAGACCUGUAGAAUGAUAAUAACUACUAUCACUAGAGCUGUUAGAAUGAUAAUAACUACUAUCACUAGAGCUUGUAGAAUGAUAAUAACUACUAUCACUAGACCUGUAGAAUGAUAAUAACUACUAUCACUAGAGCUGUAGAAUGAUAAUAACUACUAUCACUAGAGCUGUAGAAUGAUAAUAACUAUUAUCACUAGACCUGUAGAAUGAUAAUAACAACUAUCACUAGAGCUGUAGAAUGAUAAUAACUACUAUCACUAGAGCUGUAGAAUGAUAAUAACUACUAUCACUAGAGCUGUAGAAUGAUAAUAACUACUAUCAGUAGAGCUGUAGAAUGAUAAUAACUACUAUCACUAGAUCUGUAGAAUGAUAAUAACUACUAUCACUAGACCUGUAGGAUGAAAUAUCUACUAUCACUAGACCUGUAGAAUGAUAAUAACUACCAUCACUAGACCUGUAGAAUGAAAUAACUACUAUCACUAGAGCUGUAGAAUGAUAAUAACUACUAUCACUAGAUCUGUAGAAUGAUAAUAACUAAUAUCACUAGACCUGUAGAAUGAUAAUUACUACUAUCACUAGAUCUGUAGAAUGAUAAUAACUACUAUCAUUAGACCUGUAGAAUGAUAAUAACUACUAUCACUAGAUCUGUAGAAUGAUAAUAAAUACUAUCACUAGAUCUGUAGAAUGAUAAUAACUACUAUCACUAGAACUGUAGAAUGAUAAUAACUACUAUCACUAGAGCUGUAGAACGAUAAUAACUACUAUCACUAGAGCUGUAGAAUGAUAAUAACUACUAUCACUAGACCUGUAGAAUGAUAAUAACUACUAUCACUAGAGCUGUAGAAUGAUAAUAACUACUAUCACUAGAGCUGUAGAAUGAUAAUAACUACUAUCAGUAGAGCUGUAGAAUGAUAAUAACUACUAUCACUAGAGCUGUAGAAUGAUAAUAACUACUAUCACUAGAGCUGUAGAAUGAUAAUAACUACUAUCACUAGAGCUGUAGAAUGAUAAUAACUACUAUCAGUAGAGCUGUAGAAUGAUAAUAAAUACUAUCACUAGAUCUGUAGAAUGAUAAUAACUACUAUCACUAGAACUGUAGAAUGAUAAUAACUACUAUCACUAGACCUGUAGAAUGAUAAUAACUACUAUCACUAGAGCUGUAGAAUGAUAAUAACUACUCUAUCACUAAUACACUCUGUGUCUUAAUGGAAGAGGACGUAUGUGAAUGUGUGUGUGUCCAUGCAGACCUGGUCGACAGAGUUACAACUUCCCUCCUGUCUGUCUCUCUGUCUCUGUCUGUCCUUCAGGAGAAAGAGAUGGAGAAGCAGAGGCUCCUGUACCAGCAGUCCCGUCUCCACAACAGAGGAGCUGCAGAGAUGGUGCUGCAGAUGAUCAGUGCCUGCAGAGGUACAGGGCCCAGACCCAGACACACACACACACCACUUACCCAGACCAGACCCACACCCAGACCAGACCCAGGACAGACCCACUUACCCAGAGUUUCAUCAACAGAGUCCCAGAGUUUCAUCAACAGAGUCCCAGAGUUUCAUCAACAGAGUCCCAGAGUUUCAUCAACAGAGUCCCAGAGUUUCAUCAACAGAGUCCCAGAGUUUCAUCAACAGAGUCCCAGAGUUUUAUCAGCACCUGUUUGUAAAGAUAAUGAUGAUACUAACAGUACUUUGGACCUGUUGAGGAUUGUUGGCAGUGUGUACACUACAUUAGAGGGUUGUUGGCAGUGUGUACACUACAUUAGAGGGUUGUUGGCAGUGUGUACACUACAUUAGAGGGUUGUUGGCAGUGUGUACACUACAUUAGAGGGUUGUUGGCAGUGUGUACACUACAUUAGAGGGUUGUUGGCAGUGUGUACACUACAUUAGAGGGUUGUUGGCAGUGUGUACACUACAUUAGAGGGUUGUUGGCAGUGUGUACACUACAUUAGAGGGUUGUUGGCAGUGUGUACACUACAUUAGAGGGUUGUUGGCAGUGUGUACGCUACAUUUGAUCUCAAUGUCUCAGGUAAGACGGGGGUCCAUGGUGUCCUCCACCCUCAAGCUGAUAUGUGUGUGUGUGUGUGUCUCUCAGGUGAGACGGGAUCCAUGGUGUGCUCCACCCUCAAGCUGGGGAUCUCAAUCCUCAACACAGGCAACUGUGACGUACAACAGGUAAGUUCUGUCAUCUACCUGGUUUACCUGGUCAAUCGAAAGCAAAAAGCUGGAGUAGCUGCUGCACUCCUACCCCUGUUGUACAACUCAUCC